AUGAUACUAAUUGUAGUAUGUUACUGGGCAUUGAUUCUUCAACUCCAUGUAUCUGCAAUUCCUCUGAAUUUGAAUGGAGUGCCCACUUUAGAAGUCAAACUAAGCCAGACUGACAACACACUCAUCAGAGCGCGUGUGCGAAACACUGGCAAGGAAGAUGUGACUUUCGUGCAUCUGAACUUCUUCCGCGAUCCGGCACCAGUUCAAAAAGUAGAUAUCUACCGUGGCAGUAUGGUUCCACUCCGGGGGAUCAGGCAGCACUUUCGCCUUGACGGGCUGACACCAGAGGUCCUCACGACACUUCAUGCCGGGGAAAUCUUCGAGGAUGAAUUUGACCUUGCUGAAACAAGCGAUCUAGGCCACGGUGGCCUGUUCACCCUCCGUUCCUCUGGCUCGGUCUCUCUCGUGAAUAACGGAGCGGUUUCGGGAUACCUUCCGUAUUUCUCUGAGGAGCUCACCAUCCAAGUCAACGGGACCAGAGCCUUUCAGGGACCCAAGACCAUGAGCCCACUAAAUUGGCAUACCAAAGAGACGUGUACCGACUCUCAAAGAACGAGCAUUCUGGGUGAAGCCUUAGGCAACGUGGUUUCCCUCGCCAACGCUGCGGCGAACGCUGCGCAGUCCGGGUCCGCCGAUAAAUUCGUUGAGUAUUUCAAAACGGACGAUGCGAAGACCCGAAGCAUAGUAGCAAGUCGACUGCUUGCGGUUGCCAAGGAAGCAGAUUCGAGAGACUCCGGGGCAACCACGUAUUAUUGCUCCGAUGUGCUUGGAUUCUGCGAGUCGAAUGUGCUGGCAUACACCCUUCCAAGCCAGAACAUCAUUGCCAACUGUGACAUCUGGUACUCGUAUUUACCUGAUCUGGCGACUGGCUGUCAUAACCAAGACAGGGCCACGACCGCCCUUCAUGAAUUCACCCACGCACCCGGGGUCUAUAGUCCGGGGACCCAGGAUCUGGGGUAUGGCUAUUCGGCGAUAGAGGCGCUUAACAGUAGCCAAGCAGUCCUGAAUGCAGAUACCUACGCGUUGUACGCCAACGGUAUGUCUUCGCUCGUCCCCAAUGGCACUUGCCAUGUCCAAGAAAUAUCCAAAAAUAGACUAAUAGAACCAGCAAUUUACCUAGGCUGCUAG